GUUUUUCAGGAGAUUGGAUUAAAUCGAGACGAAGACUUGUUUUACCAUUUGGAAACACAGGCAAUGGAAACGAAAAAAAUCUCAUAUUUUCUAUUACCUUCGUUGAUGAUAGUUGCUCUCAUCUUUCAGCCUAUGUGUUCAGCUUUCACGAUAGCUGAACCCUAUAUCCACCCAUGUAUGAAGGGAUUUUGUAGUUUCAAAUCAGAAUGCGCUAACAAAUGCAUAUUUAUGGGGCAUCACAAAGGAGGAGAUUGUAUUGGAGGUUUAGAUGGCAUAUAUUGUUGUUGUUUAGCAUAAUUGUCUUAAAAUGAUUCUCCCAUAUCUAGCCUUCCUAACUAGUAGCCCAUUCUAUAUCUAUAUGUAGUCUCAAUUAAAAUAUGAAUAAAAUUAUAUAUUCAAAU